AUGCGUAACAUUGAUAUCUUUCAGAGCUCCUCCAGUCCAUCAACCAAGAACUCCAAGUCAAGCAACCUUUGCCACACCUAUAAAACCACUUAUAUUAAGCGAAACCGCAAGCGGGACAGGUCUUUGGCCUUCUUCAGGUCGUCCAGUCGAGAGCACAAGGCCAAGAAUUCCAGUGCUACCAGUCCCAAGUCCUCUAUCAAAGGAGCCUCGGCUGCCAGUACUGAGCUGCCUGCUCAUCACCUUUCCACUGUCAGCACCCCUGAGAGUAUUGGCAUUGAACAAGCGGUGGUGGAGACCGCUGUCAUGAGCUCUCCCUCCGAUGUUCGCCACUCCUUUGGCAGCACCUCAGGGAUUGAUAGCAUCGACCAUGCGGAAUCUGCCACCGUCGUCAAGGGCCCUUCCUUCAAUGUUCUUCCCUCGAAGUCGCUGACCAAACCUAGCUUGGACGUCUUCUCACAGAACGUCAAUGCGCCUGCCGUACGCAUCCCCUUUCCCACAUUUGGCGCUCGCAUCGACACCACCCCUCAGCUUGCCAUGUGCAUCGGCUUGCUUUCUGAGGUUCACAACACUAUCGACCAGCAACAGGAUCCUUCUCAAGACUUGUCAUCCGACACUGCUGCUCGCCUGGCCUGGGUCGAGGCUAUGAAGCAAGAUCCUACUGAACGAGAACGAAUCUUGUGGCUAGGAACUCGUAUGGUUGACGAGUUUGCCAAGGACGCCUUUAAGGACUCGACCGAGAUUGCCGAGAUGGCCCUCAUUGGCCCUGUCAUGGACAUGGAGCAUUACCGCGGCUUACUUUCCAGCAUCAUCGCAUCGUUUGACCAUUCUACGAUUUUGAGUGUCGAUCUCCUCCAGGGUCUCGUGCAGUUAGUGCAGUCUGCACCCCCUGAAUCUCUCCUCUCUGACGACCUGGUCAAGAUUCUUCGUUUACUCCGGCUUCGACUGCAGGACACUCAUCAGCAAUCGACUGUCCACCCUUACCAUCUCACGUUGGCUCUCUCGAGGGUGCUUGAUGUCAUGGCAGACCACAAGGUCAAGGACCUGAGCCGCGUGGAGGAGCACGAGCCCUUGUCCGGAGUCUUGUCUAGCUUGACGGGUAGCUCAGACCCCUACCUGAUGUACCAGGCUUGCUAUGCGUUUCAGGCACUACAGUAUGUGCCUGAUGAUGAGACUGUGCUCCAGGCGGUUCUCCGACAGUCUAUUGGUGUUGCAGGUGGGGUGGUCAAGAUUUCGGCAGUGAUGAAGCUGGAUCUUGGCGCAGUUCUUGAAGGACUUGGCAUGUUACAGGAGGUGGUUGACAGCACGGUCGAAAUUGCUGGUGCUGUGUACGAAGGGUUUUGCUCGCUGAAGGAGAGUGGCCGAGGUGUCUUCGAGAGUCUGAAAGAAGGAUAUGGAUCUGGCAAGAAACGUCCUUGGUAUGCCGCCGUACGUGCUGCUCAUGCUCUUGCUCAAGCUGGUCAGCUGCAGGAUCUCAACCGUCUGAUCUGUGUGGUACCUUGUCGCUGUGAUCCCCUAUUCCAAUGGGGAGUCUGCCAGAUACUGGACGAGAUUGCAUCUGAUGAUAUCUGGGAUCCCCCUGUUCGCCAGCAAGCCGUUGAGCUCCUUGGUGAUCUGUUCCAGAACGAUCCCUUGUGGGGUGAAGAUGAAAGCGUCAGGACGUGGAUGUUGAAUAUCAGUGGCCAACUCGGUGCCGUCGGUGAGGCAGCUGUUAGCAGCAGCGCUAUUACCUUGGUGAAGGAACUUCAGCAAGAUCAACCCGCCACCACCAAGCUUCCUUACCCGCUGAGGAACAGACUUCCUUUGCCCUCGUCCUCACCAACACUCGUCAAAGUUCACAAGAUCCCGCCACUCGAGCGCGAAUUGCAUCGGCUCCGCAUGUUGAGGUUGAAGCAGAGCCACCAAGGCGUCUACAUCCCGCCUAUGGCCAAGUCUAGUCUGCAGGCCAAAGAUGAGGACAUGUUCUUGCUGAUGGAGAAGAUGCAAGAGUUCUUGGCUGGUGAGCGACAAGUGAUGCUGGUGCUUGGUGACUCUGGUGCCGGAAAGUCGACAUUCAACCGCCAUCUCGAGCAUCGUCUCUGGACCGACUACAAGCCAGGCGACCCUAUACCUCUCUUCAUCAAUCUCCUACGCUGA